AUGCUGCUGUCAUCCCUAGGAUGGUACCAAGAGGUUGCUGUGAGAUGUGACCUGCUGUUUCUUCUAGGGAUACCAGAUCGUUUACGUAAGGACGUCACCAGUGUCUACUGGAUACUUCCUUUUGCUGUCCUGGUAGAUUACAUUCGUGUCCUCGACUUUGAUGUCAAGCGCAAAUAUUUGCAUGUCUGCCGUGAUCAUGUGUUUGAAGACUCCUAUCGUGAGCUACACCACAAAUCUCCUGAAGAAAUGAAGAAUCGAUUGUAUAUAGUGUUUGAAGGAGAAGAAGGGCAAGAUGCUGGAGGGCUCCUGCGGGAGUGGUAUAUGAUCAUCUCUCAAGAGAUGUUUAACCCUAUGUAUGCCUUGUUCUGUACCUCACCUGGUGACCGAGUCACCUAUACCAUCAAUCCAUCCUCCCACUGUAACCCCAACCACCUCAGCUACUUCAAGUUUGUUGGACGCAUUGUGGCCAAAGCUGUAUAUGAUAACCGCCUCCUUGAGUGCUACUUUACUCGGUCCUUUUACAAACACAUCUUGGGCAAGUCUGUCAGAUAUACAGAUAUGGAGAGUGAAGAUUAUCACUUCUACCAGGGUCUAGUCUACCUGCUGGAAAAUGAUGUCUCCACAUUAGGCUAUGACCUCACAUUCAGCACUGAGGUCCAAGAGUUUGGAGUUUGUGAAGUUCGUGACCUCAAACCCAAUGGGGCCAACAUCUUGGUCACAGAGGAGAAUAAGAAGGAGUAUGUGCACCUGGUGUGUCAAAUGAGGAUGACAGGAGCCAUCUGCAAACAACUAGCAGCUUUUUUGGAAGGCUUCUAUGAGAUUAUUCCAAAGCACCUCAUUUCCAUCUUUACUGAGCAGGAAUUAGAGCUGCUCAUAUCAGGGCUGCCCACCAUUGACAUUGAUGAUCUGAAGUCUAACACUGAGUACCACAAGUACCAAUCCAACUCUAUUCAGAUCCAGUGGUUCUGGAGAGCAUUGCGUUCUUUUGACCAAGCUGACCAUACCAAGUUCCUCCAGUUUGUAACGGGUACUUCCAAGGUACCUUUGCAAGGGUUUGCCGCUCUUGAAGGCAUGAAUGGCAUCCAGAAGUUUCAGAUCCAUCGAGAUGACAGGUCCACAGAUUGCUUGCCUUCAGCUCACACAUGUUUUAAUCAGCUGGACCUGCCUGCCUAUGAGAGCUUUGAGAAACUCCGCCACAUGCUACUAUUGGCCAUCCAGGAGUGCUCUGAAGGCUUUGGGCUGGCCUAAAAAGGCCCUGCUCACCUCUGUGGGGGUUUUUCUACCAUUGUUGGACAUGGGGGGAUUUAAAAAGAUCCAGAAAGAAAACUUCAAAAACCAAUAAAAGAGAUCCACCAACUCA